AUGUCCGAAAGAUAAGUAUAUAGCUGUAUUCAAAUUAAUAGAAAGCAAUUCGAGCCCAAUCAGCCAAAAAUCCUAGUUAAAAAGUGCCUUCUAAUUAACCUUAUGGAAAUUCUGUUAAAGGAUUUAAAAUGUAACUUAAUUUAUUGUAAUUAGUGUGAAAAAGGUUAAAGUGAAUAACUUGAUGGAGGAGAGACCACAAAGUGGUUAGAAUGAAAUCAGGGCGAGAUAGAUUUAACAAGAAACUGAUUUUUUUAGAAAUAAUAUGGAAGUGUUUGAUAAAGAAAGACUUUUUGAGCAUUUAUCCUAGGCUAAAACAUAAAUCAACCACUUGAAGACGGAUAAUUAUUAAUUGAGGACUACCAUUUUAUAACAGGAAGUAUUGCUCACAAAUUAAUCAUAGAAAACCAUACAAAAAUAUGAGAGAAUCAUAGAGGAUUUUCAAAAUAAUGGUAAUUUGAAAAAUGUGCAAAUGAAAUUGGGAGUUGAGGUAGGAAUUCCUUAUUGAUAUUCUUAGACAUCACUCUUUCUUUAAAUGAAGAGGCAAAUCAAGGACUAACAAAAUGACUUGAGAGAAAAGGAAAUAACAAUAUAAAACUUUAAGAAAAAUGCUAAAGUGAGUAAAUUCUAAGAGCUCGAUGUAAGCAAUACCUCAUAAUCAAGGCUGAAAUCAGAGAAGUCUAUGAAGAACUCUAGAGAUUGAGAGAACUACUAAAAGAAAGAGACGAAAUGCUUCAAUAAUAAUAGAAGUAUACUUAUUUAUAUCAUAGUCAUGCUCAGGAGUCUACUCAAAAUAAUGAAUUUGUCAAAGAUUUGCAACAAUAGAAUGAAACCUAUCUGAAGGACAAUUAGGAAUUAGUUCAGAUUGUCAAGUAAAACCCUUAUUGAUUAUGAUCAUAGACUUUAUGAAGAGAGGAAUACCCAAUUAGAACAUCAAGUUCAGCAAUAGUAGAAAUCAUUGAACAAGCAAGGCAGAGAUCUUUAGUUAUUAAAUCAAAAACUACAAGCAUUCAAGAAGAGGGGAGCUAAUGGCUAAUAUAUAAUUAGUUAGGAGGAGAUUGACAAGGAUAUAGAGGAGAGGACCAAAUUGAAUUACUUAGUUGAAGAAUACAAGGAGAAAAUACAAAAGUUGGAGUAACAAUUGAAGAAGUUUUAAUCAGACAAUAGAAAACAAUUGGAAUAGAAGCAAGGCAGGAACUUAUAAUAAUAGCAAUCAUAUAGUCCUAAGGAAUAAAAUAAUCCUCAUUCUUAAUAAUAACAAAUGGCAUAGUUUCAAUAGUAAUAAGAACAAUUAAGGUAAAAUAAUAGUACAGAUUCUAUUCUACUAGAUUAAGAAUUAGCGCAAUGUUAUGCUGAUGAAAUACGCUGUCAAUUGUAUUUGGAUAACAUACCCUUUGCUAAAUUUAAGGAAGUAUUAAAUUCGAAUCAUUUUAGAAAUUGUCUACUUUGAAUAAGGGCAGAUUAAAUGAGAAUGGAGUUAUUGAGUUUUUAAAGAACUAAUUAGAUAUGGAUGCAGUCAAGGCUUAAAAAUUCGCAAAGGCAUUGCUCAAAACUGAUGGAUAUGAUUAACCAAUUCAAAAAAUGAUAAGUGCCAAUAGAUUCAAAAAUAUGAUAUUGUCUCUUAUUCAAGAAUACAUCACUUAUGAUGGAUCAUCUAUUUAUUAAGAAGUUCGAAAAGUAAAUACAGUAUUUAUCCUAUUCAUAGACUUUACUAAAAAAUAAGGAAGAAUUGACAAGGAAAUUUAAGUAGAAAUUUUAAACUUAAGAAUACAUCAAUAUAAGAUAAUUUGAAUAAUUAAUUAUAGAGUCACAAAUAUCAAUUACUGAGUUGUAAAAGGAUUAAUUAUUCAUACACAUCUAUUAAGUAUAUAGGGACUUAGUUUAAUUAUAAUGGGAGCAGUUCUUUAGAGAUGACUAUAAGGUGAAUCGCUAAAUGCAAUUGGAAAAAUAAUAAAAAUAAAAUUCUCCUCCAAAUACUUAAAAAUAAGACAGUCCUAAUGAUUAUAUUAAGAUAUAAACCUAGAAUUCAGAUACUUCCAAGCAGGCUAAAAUGAGAAGUCAUGCCAGAAAUUCAUCUUAAAUUAUUGACAAUGAUCCUAAUCAAUAACCUGCAAAAGAAAAUAAAAAGCUCAAUGAAGAAGAGGAAAAUUAUGAUGAUUACUUUGAGAGAGAUGAAGAUAAGAAUUCAGAUGAAGUAGAACAAUAGGAUAAAAAGGAGGAUGCUGAAGUAGAGUAUUAGGAAUAAUUUGAUGAUUAUUAAGUAAAGCCAUAAGAAGACCUCGAAGAUUAGGAGGAUGCUGCCAUGAAGAUAUAGCUUGCUUAUAAAAAGAAAAAGUAAAAGGAGGAAGGUAAAAAGAUUCUAGAGUAGUAGAAAGAAAAGAAGAGAUAAUACAUGGAAGAAAAAGAAAAGAAGAAGAAGUAGGAAUUGUAAUUGAAGAAAUAAUAAGAGGAGAAAAAACGACAGGAGGAAGAGUAAAAGAGAAUUUUGGAAGAAUAAAAAAAGAAAUAGGAUGAAUUAAGACGAUAGGAAGAGGAAAGGAAAAGGUAAGAGGAGGAAUAAAAAUAAAAAUAGAAAGAAGAGGAAUAAAGGAUAUAUGAAGAAUAAUUAAGAAAAGAGGAAGAAGAGAAGGCAUUACUUAUAUAAAAUGCAUAUAAACAGAAGAAGUAGAAAGAAGAGGGUAAGAAAAUAUUGGAAUAGAAAAAAAAAGAAAAGGAAUAAUAUUUAGCUGAAUUGUAGGCCAAAAAGGAAUAAGAAGAAUUAGAAAGGUAAAGAUUAUUAAAGGAAUAAGAAGAGAAAGAAAAACUAUUAAAAGAGGAAGAGGAUGCUGCUUUGAAGAUAUAACUAGCAUAUUAAAAAAAGAAACAAAUUGCAGAGGCUAAAGCAUUGUUAGAAUAAAAAAAGAGAGAAAAGUUCGUUAAUGAUUAAAAGCAAAAAGAAGAGGAUAGAAUAAGAAGGUAGAAGGAGAGGGAAGAGAAAUAAAAGAAAGAGGAGGAGGAAAAUGCUUUGAAAAAUUAGUCUAAAGAUAAAAAGCAGCCUGAUGAAACUAAAUAGUUGUUGGAAAGCAAAAGGAAUGAAAGAGAUUCAAUCUCUAAAAAUAAUAAAAAAGGGUCUAAGGAUAAAAAAGAUAAAAAAAAUAAUGAGGAUGAUUAUGACUUUGAAUUUGAAUAAGAGCUAGAUGAUUAAUUAGAAGUUAAAAAAGAAAUUAAAGCUAAGGAAGAAGAAAUUAAUAUGGCAGCAUCAAGAAUAUAAGGUGCUUACAGACACAAAAAAAAUAAAUCAGAAGGGAAGAAAUUAUUAGAAGAACUCAAAGAAGAAAAGAGAAUUGAGGACUUGAAAAAGAAGGAGGAAGAUUUGAAAUUAAAAGAGUAACAAGAGCUUGAUGAUGUAGCAGUUAAAAUUCAAAAAGCAUACAAAAAGAAAUAACAGAAAGAGGAAGGUAGAAAGAUUCUAGAAGAUAAGAGAAAAGAAAGAGAACUAGAGAAUUAAUAAAAAAAUGAGAAGCAAUAACUAAAAUAACAAGUGUCAUAAGAUGUAUAAAGAGAGAAUGAAGCAUAAGUUGUUAGAUCAAUGAAUGGGGAUGAAUUGGAUGGAUAUGGUGAUGAAAAGUUUGAGGAUGGUACUGAUCAUGACAAAUUUACUAAUCCUGCCUUAGUCUAAAGUAAACCUUUGUAAAUUUAAGCUGAGGAGGAUGAAAAACUGCCUGAUGAUCCAGUGGCAGAACAAAUGGAAGAUAAGUUAUUUAACAGCGUUGGAAUAUUUGUAAAAAAUUCAUAAAUUUAAUUUAGUAGUAAUCUAUUAAUAAGGAAGAAGUAUCUGAUGCAGAUCAACCUUUAUGA